ACAGAGUUAGGAAUAGUAAGGAGUAGAGGAGUAUUUACUUUCAAAUUUUUCCUCAAAAACGGAAGUCUACGAGUUCCUCUGGAAAAUUUAUCACUUUAAGAGUGUUUUUCAUCCCUUAAAACGUUUCUAAGAAGCCAUUUUGGCGCGUUUUGAAGCUGCACAUUCUCAAAUAUUAUGGCGAAACUUGUAGCGGUGUGUAGAGACGAAACCGACUUCGCAUUCGAGCGUCGACAAAUCCCUCUGAAUAUUGAGGAUGCCUUAACGAUGGUGAUGGAAAUUCCUGAAACUGUGAUUUCUACUCGAGAAGUCAACGAAUACGAAGUACAGUCGUUUCAAAAGCGUUUUCAAUGUCUUAGCGCCGAUGAUCUUGCGGUUGCGACGAUGGUAAGACAGAAAGAUGUUUUAUCCUUCCUGUCCCACUCGGUGCCUUGUGUUGGUUGUCGGAGAAGUAUUGAGCGAUUGUACAAUCAGUUAGUGGAAUCAGGACAGCCUGCAUUGGAACCUUUGAUUAUCACAAACAGUGGAGUCUUGACAAUGGAUAGUUCAUUCCUGAAAGACCCAAAACUUGUGUAUGCACUAUUUUAUAAACAUGGAUCCAGGCUAAGUGAGAUGGUUGAAUCUAUUCCUAAGAGCAGAAGAAACAGGAGGUGCCCUUUACAUUCACUGGAAACACACAAAUCAAGGCCAUCAGGAAGCUGGAUAGAUGUGUGGGAUUUACUCUCACAGGAAUGUAGGGAUGAGGUGGUGCUGAUUGACUCCAAUGCUCUGCUUGACACAUUGGAAAAUUACCUCAGAAAACAUAGAUUUUGUACUGAAUGUAAAUCAAAAGUUUUGAGGGCAUACAGUAUUCUGGUAGGAGAUUUGGAUGGACCAAGUGAAAAGGGUUACUGUGCUACUUUGUAUGAUGGUCUUAAAAGCUGUCCUCAAGACCGGCAUGUCCAUGUACUGUGUGAUACAGACUACAUUGCACAUUUAAUUGGACGGGCAGAACCAGAGCUGGCUGGAGGGAGGAGAGAAAGGCAUGCUAAGACACUGGACAUUGCCCAGGAAGAGGUGUUAACGUGUCUCGGUAUUCACCUGUGGGAAAGACUUCAUCGACUGUGGCAGAAACUGAGGGCUGAGGAGCAAACGUGGCAGAUGCUGUUUUAUCUGGGGGUGGAAGCUCUAAGGAAAAGUUUUGAGGUGGCGGUUGAAGAAAAGCAAGGCAUAUCACGCCUGGAACAAGUCGUCGAAGAGAUUUCUGAGGCGGAGAGAGCCAAGGAACUCAGAAGAGAGCAGAAGCGAUUGAAAAAGAAAGCGAGACGCAAAGAGAAAUGUAAAUGUGGUACUCACUUAACUAUCUCGACAGCGAACAAUGAACUGCAAACAGAGGAAACUGCGAAAAACGAGGAGGAAUUGGAAGAGGAAGAGGUAUGUACGAAUGAGAUCGUGGAAGAGACAAGGGAUAUGAAUGGACAUGGCGAUAGCUGUGAAGAUGAUGAAGAUGACGGAGACAGUGGCGGUUCACCGUGCAGUUGUGAAGACUUGAGCAACUCUGAGCGAAGCAAGAGCAAAAAAUCGGGUUUUAGGAAUGGUGACUGCGGGUACGUAGCAGAGUACAAUAAAUGGUCCAGGAUGGUACACCAGAGUGGAGACAUGUGUAAUCAUGGCGAAGAUUCUUCGACGCUAGGAGGAGAGGAAGAGGAUAUAUGUACAGAUUGUUUGAGUGGGAGCCCAAUUAGUGGUGGAUCUCCACAGAGCAAUAAUGGAAAGGGAAGAAAGAAGAAGGGCAAAAACAAGGAGAAGAAGCAAAAUUCGCCGAGACAUGAAAAGCAAGAAAAGCUUGUAGAAAAUAUUGAUGACGAAGAAAAACGGCUCCUGAAGCUAAUGGGUUGGAAGGAUGGAGGAACAGAGUCAAUGGAGUGUUUUUCGUCGGAGGAAGAUCUCUGUAUAUCCGAGCAGGAAAUUCUACGGUUCAAAGCGAACCAAUCGUCAGUGUCACAGCAGCGACGGAAGCUUCGAGAGAAACUUCGCCAACAAUUUAACAAUUUGACGCUUAAGGAGGGUCUUAACGUCGCUAUUGUUCAUUAGGCCUUGUUAAAAAUGCACUCACAACAGGAGAUGGGGAGAUGGGCGAUAGGAAAUGGGCAGCGGAUAGUGGGGAUGGGUGGGAAAGUGACUGUACUAGAGAGACAACUUCCCUGCCCGAUCCAUGUUGGUAGAAAGUAGUCACGGGUUUCUGUAGUUACGGUGGAAAGAUUGUGUAUGUGUGUGUGUGAUGUUGUUUAUUGUAUGCAAGUGAAGUCCGCAAGGUGUGCAGCGAUGUAGCAAUGUUAAUAAGGUUCUCCUUUGUUUUAAUUCUUUAUUUUAAUUUUACUCCCUGAUUACACUGUAAAUCAGGAUGAGUUUAUGUGAAAACGGAAAUAAAUCUCUUGAAUCAGA